AUGCUCCGCAAGGGAAAAGCCCCGAUCGCCGAUUACGAGGGGCCAGCUAUAAGCACACGAAGUCGCGCACAAUCGGACGCCUCCGCUACCUCUGGAGCCUCUAUCCCCGGCACUUUUCCUGACAGUAAUCAGCCUAUUCUCGACCUUACUGAUGACCGGCCGCUGCAACCAUUCCCCGGUAAUGAGCAGACGCCCCGGGCCACCGAGUCGAACCUGCUUCACCGUACCCAACCUGCACCUCCCUUACUUACAACCCAACGGAACGAGGAACUGGGCAACUUGAACCGCAAAAUUGGGGAGCUGGAGGCGCAUGUAAGGCACUAUCGAGCUCGCGGAGACAAUUAUAAACAGACUGCUCAGGAUGCUAUGCGGAAAAUCGAAUCGUUAGAAGAAGAACUAGCGCAUGCACAGGAAAACAACCAACAGCUUCAGGAUCGGCUAAACUAUGCUAUUAAAGAUCAGCCUCGCGACCAGGAAACACGCGAUGACUAUAGAAUACCUCCCCAACCCGAACUAUCCUCUGUGGAGACCCUGCAAGUUCCCGAACUGUCCCCUGUCAUAGGACCCCCGCCAGGUGCGCGCCAACCACGAAACACAGUAGAGACAGAUAUCUCGCAGUUAUCAAUCGCGGCAAGCUGGCGCCCCCGUGGUCAACACCCAAACAAGCCACUUAAGGGAGAGAACGCAAAUGAAUACCCACCGUGGCGAUAUGCAGUCGAUGUUAAGCUCGAAACUGAUUACCCGAUGUAUCCCACCGAUGCUACCAGAAUUCGUUACGCUCUUUCCCAGAUGGAGGAGCCUAUCUUUAGUGUUAUGCAGAAAAUGGUAUAUCGAGACCGAACCAAGUCACUGGACGAUUUUAUGGGAGAUGUAGAACACUAUAUGGGUAUCCACCUCCUUGCUGAUGCGGCCAACCGCGAAUUACAAUCCGUGGCUCAGCGCCGAAACAAGACUGUUACCGAAUACUUCCACCGACUGCUUGACCUCUGGGACAAAGCGGAGACCCCUGAACGCGAACGAGUUAAGAAGUUUAAGACUAUAUUACUCCCGGGGCUGGCAACCUCGUUGUAUGUAAAGGAACACCAUACAGUCCGGGAGAUCUUGGACGACGCACGCCGUGUCGAGGAAGGCCGGAUGGAGACCUUCUUCCACCACCCUCGAAAUCCCCGGAGUGAGAGACAGGCUACCACGAGCCCUAACCAGAACCAACGCCCUGCCGGAACUGCUAAUCCACCCCCCCGGGCUAUUACCACCCCCAAUGCGACCCCUCCCCGGGCGAACUCCCAGUUCGGGCCCGUGUCCAAGAAGCCCGCGGGAUGGGCCGGCGUAUGGCAUGAACCCCAGUUAAACCCUGCAAGGCUUACCCCGGAGGAACGUACGCAACUGCAUAAGCAAGGCCGCUGCUGGGCCUGUCGAGGCUCGGGGCACCGGUCUGCGGACGCCUGCUGCCCCAUGCACGCCCACCGUGGGAAAAUGCUAAGUGAGAUCACCCCGCAAUCCCUAAAGGUAACCUUCUCCGACGACGAGGAGGAGGAAAAAGAAUAG